UCACGACAUAUCUCAUGACAUUGAACGACACCGUGUUCUGACAGUUGGUGGCGGUAACGCGCUCCGGAUGGAAGCAGCGCCAGCUCGAAAUACAACAGUAGAAGAAGAAGCAACAGGAGGUUUGGCGGACAUGGCGGACGACAGCAGGUUCAGCGCUCUCUAAUAAACAGCAGGCAAAGUGAAACCAAAGAGGACUAACUCUUAUUUUAACGUUUCAUGGAUAAGCCGGACUCCCCAGGACUGUGAGCCCUCCACUACAGCCGCAUGGCGUCCACUCAAGCCCGGAUAGGCCAGCAGGCCUUGGCGGUGUUGGAUGUAGCUCUGCGAGUCCCCUGUAUCUUUAUUAUCGACGCCAUUUUUAACUCGUACUACGACCCCGGCUCGGGCUGGGCCGGUGCCGUGGGGAAGGUGCUGGUCAGAGUCUCAGGUGUCCUCGUCUCCAGUGUGGUGCUGCUGCUCUCCCAGAAGGCCUUGUUCAAGUUCUACACCCUCUUCUGUGCCGUCCUCCUCGGCAUGGCGGCGGUCCUCUUUAACUACUACGCCACCUCUCACAUAGACUUCUACAGCGCGUACUACAAAGCGGCGCUGGGCUUCAGGUUGCUGCCGAGGAACGGGCCCACGCUGUGGCUGGGCAUGGCCGCUGUGCAGCUGGUCUUCGGCAUCGGUUACGUGUUCCUGCUCAACCUGCAGUCACUGUUCGCCGCGCUGGUGGUCCUGGACAUCAUGAUCCCUCUGUGGGGGCUGAUGAUCGAGCUGCCUGCAGACGUCAGACAAAUGGUGGCCGUGUUCUCGGGCAUGGCGCUGGCUCUGAACACGGCCGUGUGCCUCGCCAUGAGGCUCAAAUGGUUCUACUACUCGUGCCGGUACGUCUACCUGCUGGUCCGGCACAUGUACAGAAUCUACGGGCUGCAGCUGCUUCUCGAGGACACCUGGAAGAGGAUCCGGUUCCCCGAUGUGCUGCGGGUGUUCUGGCUGACCCGGGUCACAGCACAGGCGCUGAUCCUGGUCUACGUGGUGCGUGCAGUGAGGAGGGAGAGCGGCGACGCUACAGGCGGGGCCACAGACGGGAGCUCGGACUCACAGGGUUACCUGCUGAGCUGGGAUGUGUUCUGGGAUCUGACCAGUAACCUGAUCAUCUCGGGCUGUGACUCCACCCUCACCGUGCUGGGGAUGAGUGCCGUCAUCUCGUCCGUGGCACACUACCUCGGCCUCAGCAUCCUGGCUUUCAUCGGUUCCACCGAGGAGGAGGACAAGCGUUUAGGUUUUGUCGCUCCGGUUCUGUUCUUCAUUCUGGCUCUGCAGACCGGCCUCAGCAGCCUGGACCCCGAGGAGCGCCUGGUCCGUCUGAGCAGGAACAUGUGCCUUCUGCUGACCGCCAUCCUGCACUUCAUCCACGGCAUGACAGACCCCGUGCUCAUGUCACUCAGCGCCUCCCACGUCUCCUCUUUUCGACGCCAUUUCCCCGUCCUGCUGGUGUCCUCGGCGCUCUUUGUGCUCCCUGUGGUGCUCAGCUACGCCCUCUGGCAUCACUACGCCCUCAACACGUGGCUGUUCGCGGUCACCGCCUUCUGCGUGGAGCUCUGCCUCAAGGUGGUCGUGUCUCUGACCGUCUACGGACUCUUCAUGGCGGACGGCUUCUCUAACGUCCUGUGGGAGAAGUUGGACGACUACGUCUACUACGUGCGCUCCACAGGAAACAUCAUUGAGUUCCUGUUUGGCGUCAUCAUGUUUGGGAACGGCGCCUACACGAUGAUGUUCGAGUCCGGCAGUAAGAUCCGCGCCUGCAUGAUGUGUCUGCACGCUUACUUCAACAUCUACCUGCAGGCCAAGAAUGGCUGGAAGACCUUCAUCAACCGACGCACGGCCGUCAAGAAGAUCAACUCGCUACCGGAGGUACGCGGUGACCAGCUGACGGACAUCGAGGACGUGUGCGCCAUCUGCUACCAGGAGUUCUCCACGUCGGCUCGCAUCACGCCGUGUCACCACUACUUCCACGCUCUGUGCCUGAGGAAGUGGCUGUACAUCCAGGACACGUGUCCCAUGUGUCACCAGAGAGUGUAUGUGGAGGAGGACAGCCGAGACAGAGCCGCCUUCUCCAACAACAAUGGAGGCUACGCAGCGCCGCAGGACGCCGCUGCUGCAGCCCCGCCCGCUCCGGGGGAACCCCAGCACGGACAGCAGGCCGCCGAGCCGCCGGCGGACGGAGCUGCAGCGGGCGUGCAGCCUGCUGGAGGAGAGCUGGACAACGAGCUGCUGGAGGACAACGACAGCAUCGAGUACGACGAAGACGAGUGGGGGACUCAGAACGGCAGCACGCCGAUAGAGGAAGACUAUAUCAACGACGACACAGACUCCACGGAGGACUGACGGAGACCAACUCCGAGAGAAGAAAACAUUUAUCUUUAUUAUAUUUAAGUUAAAAAAAAAAAAAAAAGAGUCUAAAAGUUCAGCUUCUUCAUUUGUUCUGGAAAACGUCAGGGAUGUCUUUCUGUCUUUCUUCUUUCUCUUUGAUUUUCACUUUGAUUUCUCUCUAAGGGCUCGAGGAGGAGGAACUGCUGCUCCCCGUGUGUGUGUGUGUGUGUGU